UCUCUCUCUCUCUCUCUCUCUCUCUCUCUCUCUCUCUCUCUCGCUCACGGAGUCUUAAAACCCUCUCUGCUCCAUCCACCAAUUAUUCAACUUUGCGAAGUGACACAAAAGGACGUCUUCUUGGCCAGGAGCUACGACACACACCCAUCUGGUUAUGAGAACAUCUCUGAAGGAGCACGAGACACACACCUCACACACACACACACACACACACACACACACUCUCAUACACGAAGACACACAUUCUCUGUUGAAAGCUGGAAGACCGAGGUUGUGUGUUCCUUGAAAAGAUGCCCCUGACGCCCACCUGCACCCGGGUCCACGCGGAGCCAUGCGUGGCCAGCGGGACAGUGCCGCGCACGUGGGGAUCAUUCGGCAGCGAUCGUGCGUGAACAUCUGGGAUCUUCCACAGCACGGGUUCCCCUCACGAUGCGUGUGCUCCGUGACUGCACUGCUGCGUGACUGCUGCGUGACUGCUGCCCUCCGCUCCACUGCCCCCCGGGCUGCCGGACCCACGCGCGGCCACAGCUGGGUUCCUUCUCCGCGGACCUUCUCACCGACCGCAUCCACAGCAGCCAGUAGUGCGAGAUCUCCUUCCAGCACGUGUGUGUGAGUGUGUCUGUGUCUCUGUGUGUGUGUGUGUGUGUGUGUGUGUGUGUGCGCGCGCCACGCGCACGGACCCUUGGUCAUGGGGAUGUCUCCGCGGACCCCACCGACAUGAGCGAGGAAGAACUCCAAGGGACCUCCACACAUUUCUGGGGAAGGUGCUGAAACUAGCGCGCGCAGCCCACGCCGGAGCGUGCAGCACGUCCCCUGGGUCCCCGCGCGGAGUCCGCGGCUCUUAUCAUCUCUUUGAUCAUCAUCAUCAUCACCGUCAUCAUCAUCAUCAUCAUCAUCAUCAUCGUUAUUACUUGUUUUUUUUCUGCGGAAUACACUCACCAGAAUGAUCCCGGUGUCUCGAACUCAGCUCGCCCUGUUUUUUAUCCUCCUUUGCCCCGUCAACAUUAUCGGCUUGUGGUGGGCGGUGGGGAGCCCUUUGGUCAUGGACCCCAACAGCAUCUGCCGGAAGACGAAGCGGCUGGCGGGCAGGCAAGCCGAGCUGUGCCAGACGCAGCCUGAAAUCAUUCACGAAGUGGUCAAGGGUGCCAAGCUUGGGGUGCGUGAGUGCCAGCACCAGUUUCGCUUCCGCCGCUGGAACUGCACCAGUCAGAACAAGUACUUCGGCAGGGUCCUGCAGCAAGACAUCCGGGAGACAGCGUUUGUGUACGCCAUCACAGCGGCGGGUGUGGCACACGCGGUGACGCAGGCCUGCAGCAUGGGCGAGCUGCUGCAGUGCGGCUGCGAGGCCACCCGCAGUCGGGCGCCCCCGAGGCCCACCGGCGCUGGCGGAGCCGAGGGUGUCAAGUGGGAGUGGGGCGGCUGCGGGGACGACGUCGAAUUCGGCUACGAGAAAUCCAAGCAGUUCAUGGACGCCAAGAGGAAGAAAGGAAAGAGCGACAUACGAACGCUAAUCGACCUCCACAACAACGAAGCCGGACGACUGGCAGUGAGGAAUUAUAUGAGGACUGAAUGUAAAUGUCAUGGGCUGUCUGGUUCCUGCACACUGCGGACCUGCUGGAAAAAGAUGCCUCAUUUUCGCGAAGUGGGCGACCGCCUCCUCGAAAGAUUUAAUGGGGCUUUCAAGGUGAUGGGAGGCAACGAUGGUAAGACACUCAUUCCCGUGGGGCAGAACAUCAAGCCGCCAGACAAGCAGGACCUGAUCUACUCGGCUGAGUCGCCGGACUUCUGCCUGCCCAACCGGAAGACGGGCUCGCUGGGCACACGGGGCCGCAUCUGCAACAGCACGGCCAUGGACGUGAGCGGCUGCGACUUGCUGUGCUGUGAGAGAGGGUACCGAGAGGAGACCGUGGUCUUCGAGGAGAACUGCCUCUGUCGCUUUCACUGGUGCUGUGUGGUGCAGUGCAAGAAGUGCUCUGUCAGAAAGGAGCUCAGCCUCUGCAUCUAGAAAACCUCCCGAAACAAAGAGAGCCUCCGUCUUUCUUCUGGAAAGAUCCAGACCUCUCUGGGAAUUAGAGGGUCUUUUUUCAGCUUCUGGUGCAGGAAAGCAAAGGCUACGAUUCCAAAACGUGUCUUGUUUUACAUUUUGGAGCUUGGCAAACUGAAAAGUAAUGGCUAUGUUGGAGAACUUUCUAGAAACCGUAGUGCCUCCUCUCAGCUUCUGGAACUUUGUGAGCUUAUUAAUGAAAACUUAAGAUCCUGGAACUCUCAUAGCUGGAGAGUGGAGUGUAAACAGCCCUAUCUGUAAGACAUUGAUGCUGAUUCUUGAACUUUCCAGAGCAGAGAGCUGAAUCUGUCUCUUGGCAGCGAUUUUUUUAUAACUAGAAAAAUGUGUAUUGGAGUGUUCUCAUUGAAGGUCUCUAGAACUUCUCUGAAACACGGUAAUGCCCCGGUACAGUUUCUUGUGAAACGACCUCUGCCUCUGAAACAACCACUGACCUGCUGCCAAAAAAUGCUGAUUUCCUGUUGACAAAUCCAGAACCUGACUCAGAAGCAGGGCCUUUCUGGCACUUUAAAUGAACUUCAUUUAUGGGAAUAGAUGAAUAAGCACAACAUCAUUCUUUGACCCUCCAAAACAUGGAUGUGGGGAAAAAACAUGAUUUUGUCCCUAGAAGUUGUGAGGCAUCAACAUAUAAGUGCAGAGAUGCACGUGGAGCACAGUGACACCUAGAGAGACAAACCAUCGCCAGUACAGUGACCAGAUGCAAACAGCCAAGAUUAAAGAAACUAUGGCUUCUUAUACAUUUAUUUGUUAGGCUUUAUUUAUGAUUUUUUUUACUACAUGACUACUCACAGUGACAACAAUGAAAAUUG